ACGGGGCUGCCCCCUUCCACUUCGGUUUCCUCCCAAAGAAGAACAACUCCAACCCAACCAAAGAGAAAGGUAAAGGCAGAGGUCCCAGAUCUAAUAGCGUAAAUAAACUGCAAGGAAGAACACUCUAGGGUAGGGGAUGAUGUCCGAAAGCGAGGAGCACGGCUCGCUCCUGGAGAAGAUCAACGAGAAGAUCCACGAAUACAAGCACUCGUCGUCAUCCUCCUCCUCAGACUCGGAUGAUGACAAAAAGCCCAAGAAAUCCAAGAAGAAGAAGCUCUUCGGGAGGAAGCAUCCACUCCAUCACGUCCUCGGCGGUGGCAAAGCUGCCGAUCUUGUGCUGUGGAGGAACAAGCAGACAUCCGGGAGCAUCCUUGCUGGGGUGACGGUGAUCUGGCUGCUGUUCGAGGGCAUCGGCUACCACCUCCUCACCUUCCUCUGCCACACGCUCAUUGUCUUCCUCACCGUCUGGUUCGUCUGGUCGAACGCUGCGUCCUUCGUCAACAGGUCUCCUCCAAAGUUCCCAGAGGUCAUUCUAUCUGAAGUCCAAUGCCUGAAGGUAGCUCAUAUUGCAAGGAAAGAAAUCAAUGAGGCUUUCUAUACAUUGCGCAAUGUUGCUUCUGGGAAAGACCUGAAAACAUAUCUGAUGACGGUUGCAGUCCUGUGGUUCAUUUCUAUAAUUGGAAGCUGCUUCAGCUUCUUGACUUUGUCUUACACUAUAUUCCUGAUGGCAUACACGCUGCCCAUGAUGUAUGAGAAAUACGAAGAUCAAGUUGAUGUUGUGGGCGAGAAGGCCCUUAUUGAGAUCAAGAAGCAAUACAAAGUGAUUGAUGCGAAGCUUCUCUCUAAGAUCCCAAUGCUGUCUGAGAAGAAACAGCACUGAAGUGGCGCUUCAAAGGCCUUUGCCUCAAUUCUUCCACAGGAACUCAGCGCAUUACCAAUAUAGUCUCCUUCGUCUUUGCUAUGUCCUUACUUAGCAAUACUUAAGACGACAUCAUAGAUAUUAUAUGGAGUCUUAAGAUCUGGAAAUUAACUUUUCCGAGUCAUAUAGAACAGAACACUGUCGACCGCAACACAGAGUAGUUGCUUUGCUUGUCAGUCAGUCCAUUUGAUUUCGUUUGGUCACAGAUACAUAUGCCCAACUAAUUGGGAUUAUUUACUAUGCCUAUAUGUUCCUUGGUGCAUUUUGAUAGUGAUCCAUUUUAUGAACUUCUGUUUGCAGCUCAAUUAUUUUGGGUCAGUCAUGUUACUAAUAGGCUAUGUGC